GUCCAGAUGGCAAUUGCGCAACAACUCGCAAACCUACACACAAUGAGCAGAGCACUCUGGAUACCGUUCCACGCGUUGGUUCUGCUGGCCAGCGCGCUUAAUGUCGCCGCGCACGGCGGGCAUGACGGCAACGACGGGCAUCAGAUCGUUGUUGCGCCGGACGCAGACUGGGCAACGCGACACAUGGCCGAGGAACACCACAUCUCGGCCUUUGACGCAGGCACCUUUUUCACGCUGCACGACUACGACUCAACGGGUCUCUGGACCACCGUCGACAUCCGGCGCACGUACGGCCUCAACGACGCCUCGACUUCGCACAUCUCCGAGACGAAAAAGCAGAUGGUCGUGCAGACCGUGCUCGACAUGUUCGACGCGAACAAGGAUGGCGAGAUCUCCGCAGCCGAGUUCUACGCCAAGGACCACGACGGCGUCAAGUUGCCGGACUUUGGCAUGGGGCCCGGCCACCACGGCGACGACGAGUACGAGUAUGAGAUUCACCACUGGGAGAAGUAUCAUAGUGGGGACAAUGUUAAAGAGGAGGAUUUGAAUCAUCCCGAGGACAUUGAACAUUUCAAGAUGCAUGAGGAGAUGGAGAGGAAACAGGAGGAAUGGGAGAGGGCGGAGCGCGCGGGGAUAGUGCUGAAGAACAUUCCGGCGAAAUUUAGAGUGAAUUGAGGGGAGGGUGUGAUCCGGCGUUUUGGGGAGAUGAUACCAAGGGAUAUAUUGUAUACGUAUUGUACAGUUGAUGAUUAUGGGGUUUGUAGAGAUGGGUAUGGGGAGACAUGAUAAUGCGGUGUCAUGACGCAGCAAGGCUCGACGUCGCACUGAUCCAGAUGUCGAAUACCACAUGGAUCACGCCCGGCGCAUACGUCUUCACCUUCUCCACAUGCUCGCACCUCACUUCUCCUCGCAGACCCCUGGCCUUGACGUGUCCUGUUAUCUCCGUCACCACCUGCACCUUCCUCUCCUCGAUGUCGCUCACACCAACGUUUUCAUGCGCGUGGAUCCAUCCGCCCAGCUGCCCGUCAAUCAUGUAUACAGCGGUCUUCCAAGAGAGAUUAGAAGAAG